AUGGACAAGGGAAGGAAGCAAAAAACAUGCGGUGAACAAGAAAGCGAAAAGGAAAAUAAAGGGAGGACUACCUCAGAUCUUGCGGUCCGUGGGGUUUUAAACUUUCGAGACUCAGAAGGUGUGGCCUUGUGCGGCAUCGGUUUGCUCCAAAUUGUCUAUCACGGAGAAUCCUGGUGCGUGGUAAAGGAUGCAGAGAGUUGGUGUUGGGUACUGGCCAUGGUGCUGGAUGCCUGGACAAGCCGGGAUAAUCUCCACUGCAAGCAGAGAAACAUGGCUCCUCCUGAAGGGGAGUCUCUGGCGAUGAAACGUCCGCGGGACCUGGGCAAAGCGGACAGACAGUCACUAAUACUUUACCGCCAUGCUAAGAUGCGUGAAGGAGAAAGAUCUUCGGUCGAUAUUAGAGUUCCUUCACAGGACAAGCAAUAG